GAGGGGGGAGUGGCUCAAGCUCCGGGCCGGAAGCAGGAGGCUGCAGGGGCGGGCCGGCUGGCGUCCCCUUUCCGGCUGGUCCCCAUGGAGGCGCUAGGGAAGCUCAAGCAGUUCGAUGCCUACCCCAAGACUCUGGAGGACUUCCGGGUCAAGACCUGCGGGGGCGCCACGGUGACCAUUGUCAGUGGCCUUCUCAUGCUGCUACUGUUUCUGUCCGAGCUUCAGUAUUACCUCACCACUGAGGUGCAUCCUGAACUCUACGUGGACAAGUCACGGGGAGACAAACUGAAGAUCAACAUCGACGUAUUUUUUCCGCACAUGCCUUGUGCCUAUCUGAGCAUUGAUGCCAUGGAUGUGGCUGGGGAGCAGCAGCUGGAUGUGGAACACAACCUGUUCAAGCAACGGCUGGAUAAGGAUGGCAUCCCCGUGAGCUCAGAGGCAGAGCGUCAUGAGCUUGGGAAAGUCGAGGUAAAGGUGUUUGACCCUGACUCCCUGGACCCUGAUCGCUGUGAGAGCUGCUAUGGUGCCGAGACUGAAGACAUCAAGUGCUGUAACACCUGUGAGGAUGUGCGGGAGGCUUAUCGCCGUCGGGGCUGGGCCUUCAAGAACCCAGACACUAUCGAGCAGUGCCGGCGAGAAGGCUUCAGCCAGAAGAUGCAGGAGCAGAAGAAUGAAGGCUGCCAGGUGUAUGGCUUCUUAGAGGUCAACAAGGUGGCUGGAAACUUCCACUUUGCUCCUGGGAAAAGCUUCCAGCAGUCCCAUGUGCACGUCCACGACUUGCAGAGCUUUGGCCUGGACAAUAUCAACAUGACCCACUACAUCCGGCACCUGUCAUUCGGGGAAGACUACCCAGGCAUUGUGAACCCCCUAGACCGCACCAACGUCACCGCACCCCAAGCCUCCAUGAUGUUCCAGUACUUUGUGAAGGUGGUACCUACAGUGUACAUGAAGGUAGAUGGGGAGGUGCUGAGGACAAAUCAGUUCUCUGUGACCAGACACGAGAAGGUUGCCAAUGGGCUGAUGGGUGACCAGGGACUUCCCGGAGUCUUUGUGCUCUAUGAGCUUUCGCCCAUGAUGGUGAAGCUGACGGAGAAGCACAGGUCCUUCACCCACUUCCUGACUGGUGUGUGCGCUAUCAUUGGGGGCAUGUUCACAGUGGCUGGACUCAUCGAUUCACUCAUCUACCACUCGGCUCGAGCCAUCCAGAAGAAAAUUGAUCUCGGGAAAACAACGUAGCUGUCUCCUUCCCCUCCGUUGUUCCCUUUCUCUUUGGCCUUGUGGUCAUUUCCUAGCCUUCUCCCCACCCCUCCGACCCCCUCAGAGCGUCGGUCUCAGCACAGGUUGAUAAAUCUAUUGAUUGUGAUAGUA